UACACGGUUGUGCAUAUCCAGCAGUUUAUAACCGUUUAAAAUUUACGGGUCGUCUGCAACUUUUAUACCUAUAUACCCGUAUUGGAAACACUCAUAUUAUGUAUAGCUAUACGUAUUCGUAUAACACGGUUAAAAGGAGAUAUUUUCUGGUAUGGCGUCGCGACGCUUUCGUCUCAGUCCGCGAGUGUACGUUCAUUGGUUAAGACGCGGAGCUUGCAAGCUUCGAAAUAUAAGAUUUUCUAGAGAAUAACGCCGUGUAACUCGCCUCAUGCAUGAAUACUAUACAGAGUUUAUUCAAAUUCAGUUUAAAUGAAUCUCCAAAUAAUUCAUUCUUUCGUAAAAUCGACGAAUCAAAGGUGUAACAAAAAAAUGCAGUUCAAAGAACAGUUUCUGUAACUCAAAUAAUUUCGAAAAACUUUGAUAAUUACUAUCAUUACAGUUGUUUUUUCAUUAUAGACAGCGUGUACAUUUAAUCCCAACCAAGUGUAAUAUAACCAUGUAUAUUCGUGUAGUUUAGCAAGUUCAACUUUAUCAAUAUCAGUGCAUGAUACGCGGAUGCGAAUUUAAAUUGAAACCGGCUUUGUCUACUGCGUAGCGAUUCAAAACACUUUCAUCGUUAAUUCUGAACACUUGUAAUCCAAAACUGGAUCGUAUUUCCCGAUAACAUGUACAGCUGAUCGCGUUUGCUUACUGCGUCGAUCAUUCGCUAUCAACUUUCCAAUUCUGCUUUUGGACCGGUGGGGUACCUAUAUAUUAUCCAUAUGUAUACGGAGCUAAUAUAACCUGCAGUUCCGGUAAACCAGUUGGUGGAUUUCAAUUGGAAUUGGAACCAGAUGAAAACUACAUAGGAAUAUGUACACGCAUUUGUAUGUAAUCAAAAGUUCGGCAUGGAAGACAAAACGUUGAACAAGAAACGUUGGUGAUCCUGCCUUUUAUCGCAAAAUUACACGUAUAUUCAACACCAACUCCUUCGAUAUUGCUGAAACUAGGAAUUCUUCUCCUUCUGGUGGAUCCCAUAGUGUAAUCAAUCAUCGUCAUCGUCGUAUUAAAAAUGAUUACCGUGCCAAUUACGGCCUCCAGUCCGUACGUGACUAUCACCUCAUACAGCGAUGCGAGCACACUCAACAAACGGCCCUGUGUUCAGGAGCUUUUCAGCGCCAUGAAGGAACAGUCGUCGACCUCCAGGCUUGAUAGGGAUCGUGAACCGCCACCUCAAAGGUCACACAGCAGCGCUGCGACGCUGACGUCCUUAGGAGCCGACAUAUCUCCUAGUUCCUCUCAUUUUUUUGAGGUAUUAUAUAUCGGAAAAAUAAGAGUUUCCCAUAAGAAGGUCCCUGAAUCCUUCAUCGACGAUGCGCUGGUCAGAUUUCGAGCUUACGAUCUUGAGAAAUCAAAAUCUUCGUCUAACAACCAACUCACCGACUGCCAAAGACUGCAAAGACAGGCGAGCGUUAAAUUCUUGCCUACUUUGAAUGUCCGAAGAGAUAGUCAGGAUUCAAGCGCCAGCGAAUUAGGCAGCAUCGAAAACAUAUCUGCGAGCAGCGUUUUGUCGCCGACGAGUUCAUUCGAAGUUGCGAAAGCAUUGGGAGGCUCUGUCGAGACAUUGUCACCCGCGAAUGUUAACUCGUCGGAAAAUGAUAGCUUGGUAACCACACCGGUAUCGUCAAAGAAUAAGAAUUCAAACAUACCGUCCCCUGAGAAUAUGAUGAGAAAUAGAGCCGCUUCUACGGGAAGCGUCUUAACCGCCAGAAGAGAUUCGGCUUCAAAAGGAAGCGAUGAGUACAAUCGGACAAUGCUUUUUCAGGUGGGCCGAUAUGACUUGAGGUUGAUAAGCCCUGACAGAAAACAAGUCCUUCUGCAUAAGCAACUUAAAGACGUCGCCAGUUGCGUGCAGGGCGUAAAAAAUGCGGAACACUUUGGCUUCAUUUGUAGAGAGGCUGGUGUAGAGUGUUACAUCGGUUAUGUUUUCAAGUGUCAAUCCGAAGCUGUUGCCGACGAUUUAGUUGGAGCUAUCACCCAGGCAUUUGUUGCUACAUGCGAUGCCUCCAGGAAAGAAAAACAUCCAGUAUUCUCCUGUGAUCACUGCCCAAUGGUGUGGUACAACAAAUUAUAUCAAGAAAUUGAAGGACAAAACGACAAGAGAACACAAAGUAUCAUUCUUUCGCGACUGGGAAUGUUGCCUGAAGACGAACAGGAGAUCGUUGUCACAAAAUACAAGGGUGCCGAAGCGUGUAAUGGGACCUUGGGUGCUUCUGGAUCGGGAUCCAGUCUGAGAGAACAGAAUCAAUUUCUGAUGCUCCUACUUCGAGCACAUUGCGAGGCUAAGCAAGCAAGACAUGUUCAUGACACGGCCGAAAAUAGGAGCGAAUUUCUUAACCAAUAUCUCAGCGUGGGUGUUGGAAGUACAAUAUUCAUGAAGGCGAAAAGAUCAUUAACCAACAGCUUUGACCACCUCAUGAAGCGGAAAGGUUCACGUGAUGAUUUUGGAAUCGGGCCACACAUGAGAGAUGCGUUACAAAAAGACGAUAGUCAAAGUCCCAUUUCUUCCAUGGCUUCUGGACUUGACUCGUGUCAAGAAUCAGGUAGACCCAGAUCACUUCGGGUUUCUCCUGAACAGCAACUCAGCGUCAACACAGGACCGAAAAGCCCUAUGAUGGAUAUUUUUUUGAAAGUGGGAAAUUCUCCCAAAAUGUCUCCUACCGAAUCCGAAGGAAAUAGUAGACUGCAGGCCAGUGGAUCGUGGAGACAGGCGAUAUUGAAUCGCGUUGUGACGCCAGGAAAAGAUCAAGAUAUCAAGGAUAACAUGAACUGUACCGGAGUAAGCGCAAAAACUAACCGGCCAGUUCUUGUACGAAGAACUAAAGAGGAGCUACGAGGCCUUUGGAAAAAAGCGAUAAAUCAACAAUUAAUACUUAUCAGAAUGGAGAGAGAGAAUACAAAGCUCAAAGAACGACAAGAAGAAGCAACAGUGAAAAGGAUCAAACUGGAAUACGACGAGUUAAGUAGCUGUGCUCGUGAGGUUUCUGAAGUUUGGGAUUUACUGGUGAGCAAAGAGUCUAGAAUAUCGACCAAAUGUGAUAAUCAGAUGUUAUUGCAAGCCAUUAAACAAGGCGUGCCGCGAGGAAAGCGUGGGGAAGUUUGGCAAUUCUUGGCGGAACAGUUUUGUUUGAAACAACCCCCGAUUGAAACACGUGAAUUUCCGAAUUAUAACGUGCCGUAUGAUGCUCUCCUCAAGCAGCUUACCUCACAACAACACGCAAUUCUGAUUGAUUUAGGCCGCACAUUUCCUAACCAUCCAUACUUCAGUUGUGCUUUGGGACCUGGUCAGUUAGCUUUGUUCAACCUACUCAAAGCUUAUUCAUUACUCGAUCCUGAGGUUGGAUACUGCCAGGGAUUGAGUUUCGUCGCUGGAGUCCUUUUACUUCAUAUGGCCGAAGAUCAAGCCUUCUUUCUUCUACGUCAUUUGAUGUUUCGACGAGGUUUGCGAAAAUUAUAUCUACCUGACAUGGCAGCACUCCAAUUGCACCUUUAUCAACUGUCCCGAUUAUUACACGACAGACUGCCAGCUAUAUACAAUCACUUCGAUAAGCAUGAAGUCUCUCCUACUUUGUAUGCAGCACCCUGGUUAUUGACUUUAUUUGCCAGUCAAUUUCCAUUAGGUUUCGUGACAAGAGUUUUUGAUCUCUUAUUCCUUGAAAGCUUCGAUGUGAUUUUCCGUGUAGCUGUUGCUUUGUUAGAGGAUCAUCAGGAACAACUUCUUUGCUGUGACAGUUUUGAAGAAAUAAUGGAAUAUUUGAAGCUUCGCGUACCAGCGGUAGACAAAGGGGUACUGGAACGCGUCAUGAAACGUGUCUUUUACCCAGAUUUGGAAAUGGUCAAGCAAUUGAAUGAAUACAGGGUUGAAUAUCAAGUUCUACAGGAGGAGAUGCUCUCUGUCAAAGUGCAAAUUGAAAAUUUCGAAAAGUUGGAACUGAUCAACAAACAACUUACUCAAGAAAACGCCCACAUCAAUGAACAAUUAGAGAUCGCCAUGAGUAACCUCCACCGGCUUGAAACGGCUCGUGCAAUUCAACAGUCGACCGCACAUAAAUUAGAGUCUCAAAAUCGAAGCUUGGAAGUGACAGUCGCAACGUUAGGGAAUUUCAUUCAGCUACUAGCAGAUACGAGGAUGGAUAUCGAGAUUCCAGGAGAAGUUCGGCGGAUCGUCGCUCAAUUGGGUGUUGCAGAAAAUCGUAAACCUAAUUUAGGGGCCAAAUUGUAUCCUAUGAAAGUUCUCGAAGAUAAUAACAACAAAUAUCAUCCCAUGAAGAGUAAUUCCGCAGGCAAAGAAUCCCAAAGGACAUCAAAGGGAAAUAAUAUUACAGCUGACCCACCUUACCCCUUAAAAUCAACUUUGAGCCAACCAAACUUAGGGACAAAGCUUGAAAAGGUUUCAUCAUUUUUUGCUAAUUCGCACAAUCACAUCCGGCAGCAGCGUGCGCAAAUAGCUGCACUGAGAGCAGACCAUACAGACGAUCAAUGCCAAUUCAGUAGUAAUGAUGAAAAUGACUCGAAAACCGUUAACAUUGAUAUACAUAUAACUGAUACCGUAGAUAAUACUACUGACAGUAUAAAUCUACCUGUUGGCCAGUUAUUACAGAUCGAGCCUACUGGUCUAGAAAAGUCAGUUUCUCUGCCAUUAUCAAUUGCUAAGAUUAAACUGAAGCCAUCGAAAUCGGCAUAUGAGCUUGGUUCUGUGAAAAAAGUACCGACGACUAAGCUUGAAGAUAACAUUGGUGAUUCACUCACCAGUGUGACUGGUACCAUUCAUCCCUUGGAUACUUGUAGUGACGUCAAUUUCAAAUAUGGUGGUACAACUAAAUUGAAAAGUAUCAAGCCAGUCAGAUUACCUGGACAGAAUGGGCAAGGUGAUAAUAUGCCUAAAGAAAUUCCGGGGCAAAAUUCGGAAAUUUUGACUAGAUAGCAGCUAUUGCUUGUUUCCAUUAAAGAAGAGAUUUAAGUUCAAUGUACAUGUACGUAUAACGAAACCUAGUUUUCAUUCGCUGAAACAUCGUGUGUCAAUUGCUGAUUAACGUGGAAUUAUUACAAAUGAUUCGGAAUACAUAGUCUUACGGCUAUUACAUUAACAUUAAAAGGCUUUCGAAUCCGACUUUAUCGAACUUCAGUUGCUCUGUUAAAUUUAAUUGGAAAAUGAUACAUAUCCGUCACAUCUCCUCUAUGAAAAUGUAAGAUUAUCUUCAAAUGCCACAGCCUGCUAUUAACGGCGUGUGGUGCAAACCAACGAACUCAGACUUAAUUCAUUGGUGCAAACGAACACCAAGUUCAAACUGAGUUCACCAUGUUCAAACUUGUAAGCAGUGACUCGGAUAGAAACAAUUAAGAGAGAAGCAACAAGGUUCAUAAACUGCAAAACUUGGACAAUAUAAUAUAGUAAUAUUUACAGUAUUUGAAUAAAAACGACUUGACUAAAUUAUAAUGGUGAUCUAGAUAUUCAUCGCAAAAUUCUUUAAUCUCGCGUCGAUAUGUCUGAAAGUCAAUUGGAAAUAAAAUAACUUGUUAUCUGAAUGUGUAUCAUAAACGAAGCUCGCCGAAAUAUGGUUCACUGGACGCGUGGCAUUCAUAUGACAUCAAAUAAUCAGAAAAACGACACAAAAUGCAAAUACGGAAUAUUUGGUAUGUUAUGAAAACAAUUAUAACAUCGAUAUCAUUCAUACACAUUCAUUAUCAAUCCAAUCAAUGGAGCAGCAAUUAACUGACUCAUUGAUACUUUUCUAAAUCGGCAUCAUCAAUUGAUUGUGUGCAACCACUAUAGAGUUACAGAAAACGGAAUUAUUUCCUGUACACAAACUGAAUUUUGUCUUCGACUUUUGCCUGUAAAUUCAGUUCACUCAUUUUCAAUUUCUUUCAUGAACGCGGGUUUUUUUCUAUUAAUAUUUACAAGUCAGGAGCAGAUUGGUAAAACAAAAUCAUCUUGAUUAUUUUUUCAGUAUCUAGUAUUAACUAUUCAUAGAUUAUUUCAUUUGUAUCGUGUAGCCAAACACCACGUGCUGACGCGAUGAGACAUUUCUGAGGUCAAGCAAAGGGAACUCGAUCUUAUAAAUCUCAAAAGUAUUAAGUAACUAUUUAGAAAUUAUUAUAAACUAUCACGGAUCGCUAUCUGUGAUGCUACAAAUAAUGUACUAUUUUGAUGUAUAUAAUAGUGAUUUAGAAUUUCUCCAUUACGACUCAAAUUCGAUUGAAUUUUAUUUUUUUUUUUGUUCUGCCACAAAGCUCGAGUAAAUAUUUAAAAGUAUCAUAAGUAGGUUAUUUUCACAAACCAUCCAUUUUCACCGUGAAACAAUAGCAGUGAAUAUUAUGAGUAUUUCAUCUAACUUUUCAAAUUUUAUGUAAAAUAAGUAAAUGGUUGAGUGAUUUUCGUUAAUAUUAUAUCUACCGUUAAUUAUAUAAUUAUCGUAAAAUAUCAUUCAGUAUUCAAAAUAUCACAUGAAGAAUAUCUACAGCAAGUAAUAAAAAAAUUAGAUCUACUUUAGGAUUAUUGCGAUUCAUUUAGCUUCAUGAUCGUGCAGGGGGACCCAGAACUAAGUCCAUGAAAUGCAAUAAAGGGGGUCAAGUUGAGUGAAUUAACCCCAAAAACAUGAAAUCUACAAAGUUGGGUUCAUGAGAUACGAUUGGUUGAAAAAUCCUGCUCGAAUUCAAGAAUUUCGAAAGAAAUUACUCUGUUUAUCAAAUUUUAUCACACAAACUAGUCUUUACAAGAGAUGCUGUGGAAGUUACGAACACUUACCGUAAGUUGAAUGCGCCAUCGAGCUCGACAGAACGAAGACUGACGUAUUGAAGCAAAGACGUGUCUCCGUUGCCUACAGGUCGACGCUCGGUGGGAUUUUGCAGCCUCGCUCGAAGCUCGACCCUCUCUAUUACCCUUAUCAUCUCAUGUAACUUAGUUCUGGGACACCCUGUAUACGAGAGUUAAAUUUCAUUAGUACUUCAAUUAUUGACUUGCCCUUUGAUAAUAUUACCUUUAUUUACGUAUGAAAUUUGGAAUACUCUUUCAAAACGUCUCGUCUUGUGAUAGUAUUAUAGUACUUAUAGUUUUUGUCGUAGCAAGUAUUGAUGAAUUCUUAGCGAUAAAAAGUGCGCUUCCGGAUACUUAAUUGAAAUGUGAAAGGCUUUUCUAUUAUGAAUUUCUAAACGUGACAAAUUAUUUUAUAAUAAUGGAGGCGGGUGGAACAUUGUAUCACACGGAAAAAGUAAACCUGAAGACAGUGAAGAUGCUCGCAACAUGAUCAAGCGCAUCGCUGGAUCGCUUAAUAAAAAUGUCUGCGAGUUAUGGAAACGAAAAACUACUCGCCGCAUUAUCGAGGUUUUUGAAAAAAAAUUUGAUACAAUGUAAUUCAGGUACUGGUACUGCAAGGACUGAUUGUUGGAAUAUCUAUGCGUAAGGAAAUGGUUCAUUCCAUUAUACCAACGAUUGGUAUUAAAAAAAGAAUAUGCUGUUAAGAUAUUAGCUCCAUCCUGGAAGACCUUUCUAGCGGUGAUGCCUUCGUAAAGUCAAUUGCUUUUAGCUGGUAUGACUGCUCUCGAUUCUUACAUGGUAUAUCAUCGUUGUGAGUUGUAGCAGAAAUAAAGGAGUUUAUGAAAGAAUCUA